UAGAAAACAAAACAUGGAGGUGAAAUACCGUAAAUUGACUUGCUAUCCCUAUGGAUAUCCUUAUACUGCAAAAAUAUAGCUGGAAAUUUAUUUAAUGUUGGCUACUAAGAUAUAUAGAAUAUCAUGAAAGGUUGAUUGCUACCAAAUGAUACCUUGAGAACUUGGAAACAUCACUUCAAACAUGAGUAAUAUAUAUAUUCAAGAACCACCGACCAAAGGAAAGGUUGGAAGAAUUAAUAAUUCAAUUAAAGUACUGUAUAAAACACCAGAGUGUAAACACUAAACUGGCUGGACACUGAAUGACUGACGGCUAACAUAAAACUUUAUGCAAUAGCUUUAACCUAGUUGCCCUAGAAGCAGUCAGUCAGAUUACUAAUUGCCUCAUACGGUACCCAGGUGUGGAAGGUGCUUUAUUUAAUUGUUAUAUUGGUGCUGCAGGGCCAGGGUGCAUUCCGUUCAAUCCACCCCAGAUAUCACCUGUGUGGGGUGAUGGUGUAACAGCAAAUUUUGGUAUUCUACAACUUGCGUGGCCUUGCAAUUUCCGUAUUUGACGUCGUUUUUGUAUUGCUGAUUACUAGCGGUGCACUGGAUAGAACUUUUUGGUGCUGCAGGGCCAGGGUGCAGUCCGUUCAAUACACGCCAGAUAUCGCCUGUGUGGGGUAAUGGUGUAACAGCAAAUGUUGGUAUUCGACAAUUUGCGUGGCCUUGCAAUUUCCGUAUUUGGCGUCAUUUUUGUAUUGUAUUUGCUGAUUACUAUAGCGGUGCACUGGAUAGAGCUUUUUGCUAUUCAACCGGAUAUGCUGGAUAGUUGAAAAAUAUUCGUCCAAAUUAUCCGGCUGGAUACCGGAUAUUUUUAAUAUAAGAUUUGCAGGCUUUCUUGUCAUCCUACUUUUCCUACUUUUUCCUACUUUUCUUCAACUUUCCUACUUUUCCUAUUUUUUAUUAAAAAUUGCUUAAUUUUCCUACUUUUUCUCAUAAAAUCCUAAUUUUUUAAGACAGCUUGGGGAAUCAGUAUGUUAUAGCUCUCGUAAUUAGAUCUAUAGGACUCGUAAUUUUUCCCUAUUUGUGUCCCAGAUGAUAAGAUCUCAGGAAGAGAAGUACAUUUUCCGAGUAUAAAAUUCCAUAGCAUUUCUAGAAUCAUAAUCAAUGAAUUAAUGUAGAUUCUGAAAAUGCUAUUUCCGACAAUCUAGAGAUUCCAAAUAUUCACCCCCCCCCCUCCAGUUAAUCAACCAUCAAUCAUAUGCUCCUGCCGCACAGUGCGGAUUAAGGUGUAUGGCGCAGCCAAAUACAUGCACUCGCGCGCAAUUUGAAUUGUGUUGCUGCAGAGCAGAUGCCAUAGCUUUUAUACGGAUGCAACAUUCAUUGUCAAUAUUAAUAUCUAAUUUUGAAAGUUUUGAGAAAAAAUCCUGCAUAGAUGAAUGAGUAAAAAAAAAUAUUGAGCACCAAAAAUUCACACAACUUCCCCAAAAGAUAACUAAUGGUCCACCCCUUACCACAUAUAUCCUAGGGGGCCAAUUUAGUAUAUGUUUGUGUUAUUUGCAUCUCCAAAAACAUCUACUUUUGUCCUACUUUUCUACACAUUUUUCUACUUUAUUCCUACUUUUCCUAAAGUUCUAGUCCUACUUUUAUCCUACUUUUCUACACAAGGAUGCCAGAAAGUCUGGAUUUGAGAUUUUAUUUAAUUAAGGUAAAAUAAUGAUUUUAUUGGUUAUAAAGUGAGGGUAUUGAUAAUAUUUUGACUUGAAAUAAUAGGAAAGCUAGAACUUCACAAUCUGACACCCAUAAACUUGCAUAAGUUGCAAAAGUCUUUAGUUAACGACAUAUUUCACAGGUGAAAUCCACUUUUUCGCAUUUGCGAAUGAGCAUGAAAAUACUGCCAGCUUCUCUCUGAUCAUUUCAAGUAAAAAUAUUAUACUUCCAUUGAUUCCUUUUUACCAAUCAUCUUUUAAUUACCUGAAAUAAGCAAUAUAUCUUGUAUUAAUUAAUUAUAUAAGAUAUAAAGAAUAUCUUGUAUCCAGCCGGAUACUCCGGUAUCAAGAUUAUCUCACUAUCCAGUCCGGAUAUCUUGCCAGAUAUGAUAUCCAGUGCAUACUGAUUACAUUCCACUAGCUAUUCAAAUCCUCACCAAAAUGCAUAAUUAUAGAACAUUGCAGUUGGUGUCCAAAAAAUAUUUUCCCACCACAUUUUUUCCAAGCCAGGUCGAUCGGAAAUUCAAGUUUGCCACAGAGUGGAAAAUGUGAGAGAACAUGGCAAUAUUCUUUAAAAAUGAGAUUAUUUGUGGAUAAAAAAAUAUGGAUAGUCUUCUUUAAGUUUAAAUGGUAUGUUGUAUGUCAAGAAACAAUUUAUAUACCUUGCGUUUGCAUAGUGCAUGUGUUUGUUCACACUACAAUUAACAAUAAUGGCUUGUGACAUUAUGCAUGUGUUUGUAAUUUUCAUUUCAGUGAAAGCUGACAAUUGCCAUGUUUGCAUGGCUUCUAUAGGAGAAGUAUGUUAUGUGUAAAUCUUGUGGUAAAUUCAUUCACAUAAUAUGUGGCAUCCCUGAAGGCAAUGAGGGUUUUGGGCAUGGAAAAUUUCCCAAAAUUUUGCAAAAUUUCCCAUUAACAUGCAAAAUUUCCCAAAAGGAUGGUCACCGUGAGAAAUAAUGCCACAAAAUAUGAAAAUAUAUUUGCUUUAAUUAAUUUCCGUCAGACCAAAUAACGGGCAAGUAUGCCAUUUAAACGAAAAACAAGUGACAAGCUGGUUAUAAAUGGGAAAAACCCUAAAUUGUCAAACAUUUUGGCGAAUUCAUGUGGCCAAAUAUACAUAUUUUACAAAAACAUGAAAUUCACAGAACAGAUAGUAUGCAAAACAUACAUAUUUGCAAAACGUAUUUAUUUAAUAAUAUUUUUAAACGAAAAUAUUUCACACAGUUUAUUGUUUUCAAAUUGGAAUUGUUUUUCAAGCAAGUGGUGAAUUAACAGGUGUGAAAGUCCUUGUGAAACCGUGCCAACUCCGGUGGGACUGGAAACGAUGGUGUGCCAGUCAAAAUUAUCAAAGCUCUGUUUCUUUGGAGAAGAAAAAGAAGAUAGCUAAAGUAAAUUCAAUUGUUUCGAGUGCUUGGAAUUAGGUCUUCAUGGAAAAAGAGAAGAAAAGUGCACAAAUUGACCUGUGGUGGUGGCAGUUGGAAAAUGCACCUUAGUUCCACACACAACUCACAAAGUGCAAGAAAUAAAUACAAGCCACCUAACAGCACAAUAUCCCUUAAUUAAACGGUUGAUACAGUCGCCCCCAACAUCACCCUCUGUUAUUCUAACAAAUUAUCUCCGCUGUUGGGAACAGACGAACCAAUAGGCAGCUUGUAGUUUAUGCGUGCAGGGGACGAUGGGAAGUAAGGUAUCACAUUGUUGAUUAUGCUGAAAAAUUAGAAAUGCUGGCCGUGUAAACACGGAGUGAUAGCUUAUACUUGUAAAUAUUGAAAUAUUUCGGUUGUUUCGGUAGUUUUUAUUGAAAUUUUUCAGCAUAUAGUCGGCAAUAUGAUACCUUACUUCCCAUCAUCCCCUGCAGGCAUAAACUAAAAGCUGGAAUUGCCUAUUAGCAACACCUGUACCUAUUCCUCGUGCAUGUUGGAAGACGAUGCAUGAAAGCUUAGAGUUACCAUUGAAGACAAACCAAGCUCAUCAUCAGUCAGACGUAACCUCAAACGACUAUUCUUCGUUGCUUACCACGCUACAAUUUAUAUUUGGCGUUGAAGCCUCAUGGCAGGCUUACUCUUCUGGCAAUGGGACUCUUGUUUCAGGAUUUUUUCUUACAAAAGAUACGACUCACCAGUUGAACGUCAUAAUUCAGCCUGGUACCGAAAAAAGAAUGUCUUAAUCAACCACCUUUGCUAGUGAUUGAUAAAGGAUAAAAAAUGCGCGAGAAAGCAAUGGAAGAAUACAAACGUGAAACCAAGUUAAUGAAAAGAAAACAACUGCAGCAACCUUUACUUUUCGCGCCGCACUCAUUGACCCAAAGCUUGGUGCCACUGCUACAAGUUUCGAGAAAUUAAUCUCUUUUUUGGCGUGCUGUGGUGUCGAUCAUGUUCUCUGGUAAAAUCGGACACGGUCGCAGCCGCUUCAAUGACAUAAUAUUCUGUAAAAGCUGUCAAUGCUGGUUAAAAACGCCACUCGCGUGUAUCAUUCUGUCUCCACGCAUACGAGCAACGGUUGGUGAAACUACGGCGUCUCGUACAACGAACUAAGCAAUCCUUCAUUGUUGUGGCUCGUAAUGAAUUAAGAUCCAAAAUAUUCAUGCAAGAUGAAGUACCAACUUUGCCACUUGGAUAAGUGAAAAACGUUCGGAAAAUUUUGGUCUUGUUGAAGAUAAAGAUCAACUAGCAUUACCAGUUACAUGGGAGGCUGCUCAUGCAUUGAAUCUGGGUGUCCUGGAUGUUAAAAAUUCUAAAACACAAAGUGAAAUUUUCUUUAAGCGGUGUAAUGUAUUCAACAACAUUCCUAGCAAUAGAAAAUUAAUUUGCUUUUUUGCUUUGUUGGCUAAAACUACACAGCAAUCUGCAGGUUCUGCGCAUGAGGAGUGCUUAAAAAUUAUUCGUGAAGAAGAAAAAGAGUACCAGUAUGUGAUCUCUGGUUCCGAUUUUUAGAUGAAGCAAGCCUGGUUAAUUGUUAUUCCUGGUUAAUUAUUAAUUGGAAGUCGAUUUGCCUGGAACAUGUGGGAAUCAGAUGACAUCAAAGGUGAUGGAGAAUGUUAGAUUUGAUAACCUCCCUUGAUUUGAUAACCUCUCUUACUCACUCUUGGAAAUAUUUGAUGCUACCAAGCUUGAUAGUUUUGAUUAAGGAUAUUAAGCUGUUGUUGCCUCAAGGAGAGUAUGAGAGCUUUGGUCUGGGUCAAUGCAGACGGGUCCUGGAAACGUCGUAAAAAAUGUCUGGCAUCAAGAAAUCUGGCAUGAAUUAUGCCCCGCCUAGAAAUCUGGAAUGAAUUAUGCCCACAUGAAUCUUAUUAUUGAAGAAACCAUUGUGGCAGGAAUUUGGAAAGUUUGUGCCCCGAAUGGUUAUGUCGAAAGAAAGUCCAAAUGGACCUUUCCCCUUAUAACUAAAAUUUUGAUCUAGACAAAAAUUUCAUCACAGCUUGAAAGAGCAUCACAAAAUUAGUAAUAUUCCAAAGUUUCGUUGCGAAAUGUUGUAAAAUGCGGAUAAUAUAGCCUUGCGAAAUUUGCCGUUUUUCAGUCAUUUUGUAUACGCAUAGGAAAUUGACAGCCCAUUCGGGUGUUGGGGCAUCAAUUUCCCGUUUGUAAUACAAAAUGACUGAAAAUUGCAAAUUUCGCAGGGCUAUAUUAUCCGCAUUUUACAACAUUUCGCAACGAAACUUCGGAAUAUUACUAAUUUUGUGAUGCUCUUUCAAGCUGUGAUGAAAUGUUUGUCUAGACUUGUUUAGAUCAAAGUUUUAGUUAUAAGGGGAAAGGUCCAUUAGUUCGCUUUAUGCCUGUUAUAUUUCUAAUAAAACUGAAAUGGGCAUUCUUUCACAUGAAUUCGAGAAUGGCCAAGAAUAUACCGUGCGUUUAUAUGAGCAGAAUGCCUCCUUCUAUUCAAACUCGGAGAUCUACUCAGCGUCUUGCGCAGUGGUUGACAUUGUAUUGGCCAAAGGAGUCCCGGCAACCAUCAUAGAGAUCGAGCUUCUACAACCCCAUGAGAGCACAAAAGCAACGAGGUGGUCAAUCAAAUAAGACUCUCACAAGAAGGGCCAUGCUCAACUGAUGCCUAUCAUCGUUGAGACUUUGUGAAUUGUCAGUGAAAGUGUGAGCACAUACUUGAGCGGAGAUGACGAAAUUAGGCAUUUGACUAACGAGUAAAUGUUGUUAAUCGCGUUGAUUUUAGGCAGCUGUUCAUUUUUAGCUAACGAUGUAGAUUUAUGUAAUUUGCGUUAUAACUUUUGGGCUUGUUUGACUCUUGCCAUUUAUUGUUUGAAAGAUUCUGUUACCAAAGAGACUUAAAAUGUAUAUAUUCUCACUUGGAUUACAAAUCCUAACAUCCUAAUAUUAAUUCCACCAAGUGAAGUGCAAGAAUGUAAGUCAUUCAAGUCCUUCUAUAUUUGUAGUCUUAGAUCUUAAGGGAAAGACAUUUUAUUUGUUUAAAAGGUUAAAAAUGAUAUAUUAUUCAGGCUGUGUUAAUAUAGUUAAGUUAUGAAUGGAGGUAGUUUUCAUAACGUAUCUAUAGUAUAAAAUAUGAUAUUUUUGCAUGUUGUCUAAUUGGACUGUUGGUGGGAUAAAUAAUUAAAAUUAUUAACCUGGGACUAAAACCAACACUCUGUUAAUACUUUUUUCCCUGGUUUCAAAGCUAUAGAAUUGUGCAAUCCUAGCGUGAAUUGCUCUCUCCUGUCCCACAUGGGUCAAAUGAAUUUUAUAUAGUGAUAAUAGGUUCUUUAAAAUGUUUUAGGUUUUGAUAAGCACAAGUGUUGGGGACAUUGAUAUUGAGUUAUGGUCAAAAGAAGCACCAAAAGCUUGCCGUAAUUUUGUACAACUAUGUCUGGAACGUUAUUAUGACAACACAAUAUUUCAUCGUAUUGUCAAAGGUGAGACAACGGAGGACAAUAUAGUUACAUGAAUAUAUAUAGUAACACUACCGAAAUCUGAAAAGACUUUAGUUCCUAUUGUGUGUUGGUCAAAUAUCUGGCAAUAGCAGAUGUUAGCCCAAUAGGUCAGAAUAGAUCAUGUUUGCUUACAGGAAUUUGUAUCAUGUACUGUAACCAUAUUUUCUAAAACAAGGAACCCCCUAAAACGGAAUAAAUGUCCUGAAACUGACGCACAACAGGCUACAUAGCAAAACCAAUCAAAAUUGUCUAAAAACGUUUUGAACUAUUUACUUUAGUAACUACCAGAAACAACUUUUAAAAACCAAGCUUAGCUUCUGAGUAAAACCAUCCGAUUCAAAAUUGAAUAGUAUACUAUCCAAACUACCGUACCUAAUGUGAACAGUGCUACUUAGACAUAGCCUAAGGAGCCAUUUACAACCACCUCUUACUUUCUCUUGUGUCUUUGUCAAUUCCCCCUUCCAAGAGGGCAGGUACACCCUAACCUAACCCAGUGAGCCUAGCUGCCAUGCCGGCUAAGUACAACCUUCCUUCCAUGAAAUACAUAAUCAGUAAUCUGAUCUAGCACUGUGCUGGAGCAAUGUUUAUUUCGUUGUUUAUUUCAAUGUUUAUUUCAAUGUUUAUUUCUUUCGUGCCAGACUGACAUUGUAUUCAUAAGUUAUCCACUCUGAUUUCUGGUACAUCCAUAUAGUUCUGUACAUACUGUAUUCUAAUGCAUUUCGUGGUAUAGAUUCUGCAGGAAAGGUUAUUCCACUCUGGUACUCGUAGAAAUCGUGAACAGGAUCUUAAAGGGAUCUUAAUAGGAUCCUGUUAGGGUCUUGCAAGGCUUGUGAGAUCAUAUAAGAUCCUAUAGGAUCUUACAAGAUCCUAUCAAGAUCUGAGUAUAAUAAUAUCUUACAAGAUCCUGUAAAGAUCUCAGUAAGUUCUUAUAAGAUCCAGUGAUCUUAGUGAGAUCCUGUUAGGAUCUAUGUAAGGUCUUGCAAUAUCCUAUCAAGAUCUUACAAGAUCCUGGCUUUACAAGAUCCUGUUAAUAUUUUACUAAGCCAGAUCUUACUAAGAUCUUACAAGUUUUACUCUUUACCCUUUGCAGGGCAGCAGGUUCGAUUCUUGCCAGAGGGCCUAUAGUUGCAUUUUUCUCAACUGCUCCUGGUUAGGUCUAGUAAAUGUAUAAAAAUUCCAUUCGAAAUUUCCGUUUACAAAUCCCUUCUACAAUUAGUUCUUCUGAUGAUGUAAGAAACUCGCAAUUUUCCACAAUUGCAUCAAUGAGUUCCAUGGUUACUCCAGUGCUGGCAUCGUGAGAUGCCCCAAAUCCUGAUAUUUAAUUGGGGAACGCGUUCCGAAGUUUGCGCUGGAACACGUUUGGAAACUUUGGAACGCAUAUUUGUACGCGAAACAGGGGCGUAGGAACCGGGGGGGGGGCAGGCCCCCCAAGUUUUGGCAAGUGCCCUUUUUCCGGGAGCAAAGUGCCCUUUUUUUGCCUGAACAUUUUUCAUUAAAAUUGCAUUUUUGGCCGAAAGGGGCACUUUUGAAAACUUCAAUCUAUGUUAUUUCCUGAAAAAUGUUUUAAUUUUCGGAAAAAAUGUUAUAUAUCUGGAAAAAUUUUUGGUAUUCGGGAAAAAUUUUGUCGUAUUUAGGAAAAAAAUGUUGUAUAUCCGGAAAUGUUUUUAGGAUCUGUCCGGAAAAUUUUUUUUGGACCCCUAAAAUCGUACACUGACCGAAAAUUUUUUGGCGGGGGGGGGGGAGGUCGCGAAAAAAAAAAUUUAGAUGCCCUUUUUUUUUUAAAAGUGCCCCUCAAAACCUGCCCCCCCCCAACUUUUCGAAGGUUCCUACGCCCCUAACGCGAAAUCACGGUUACGUUACUCUUUAACCAGUACUGUUAUUAAAGAUAACCGUGAUAUUAUGAAAAAACGGGAAGUAACAGUAACUCAUUUAUGAAGAUCUUAAUAUCAUUUUAUUGUGUAUUAAAGCUAAACGAGUGAGACGACCUACAGCUAUAUAGGACCUUUGACUAAACUCAUAAAAACAAUUGCAUGAUACAAAUUCAGUGAAGUUCAAUUUAAUUUCUAUUUUGCCACAUUACUUUUUAUUAGGGUUCUGCAUUCAAGGUGGAGAUCCAACUGGCACUGGCACAGGUAAAAUAUGAUAAUCACUGUACUAUUACACCAGGGUUUUUCGGUAUACCCCUACGAUAUAUAAAAAUACCGGCAUUGAAUCCAAAAUUAGUCAUACCUUUAUUCCGAAAUUUCCGAUAUGCCGGAAUCAUCGAUUUUGUUUUAGUGCAAUAAAGAAGUAGAAAUUUCGUGUUACAAAUAUUGUCUGUCAACGCUCACUUUUCAAAAUCGAAACCUUCAAGUUCAGAAAUUUCUCAUGCCGAACACAUCCCUGUUCUGCGCUUCUUGUAACAAAAAUCCAAAUAUGUUGAAAUUGUUUAUACUGUAAUUCAUUGAAGAACCAAUUAAUAUAUAUACUUCUUUUUUCUAGGAGGUGAAUCAAUAUAUGGUCAACCCUUUAAAGUAAUGAAGCACUAAAGAUUUAGUAUAUUAUUUUUGCACUGCGUUUUUUGACAAAUUCUUAUAUUCCAUCACUCCAUCUUAUCCUUUCUCUUGCUCUGUGUUUUUGCUUGUGCAGGUAUACCUUCUUUGCCCUCUCAGCUAAUUUUCUCUUAUUACACUAAAAACAGUCUAUUUUCUCUAUAGAAUGAAGUUCAUCAAAGACUGAGAUUUGUGAGACGAGGUUUGGUCGCAACAGCCAAUACAGGAGAAAAUGACAAUGGAAGUCAAUUUUUCUUCACCCUUGGACGAACAGACGAGUUACAUGGCAAACACACGAUUUUUGGAAAAGUGAGAAUUUUACAUUCAUGUAAAUCGAUCCCUUGCGUUACUUCUACAUGUCUAAUCUCUUCCCUAAUCCCCGUCGUAUUCCAUCAUAGGAUAGGAUAAUCUCUGUCUUCUUCUGUUUUCUACUCUUAUAGGUACUCUCCGUACUUUUUUUGCUAGUUUUCUAUUCAUCCAUUAGAAUCAAAUGUCAAAAUCAUAUCAUAACGUCGUAUUCCUUAUAUCCUUUGUAGCAUUCCUAUCUCAAUCCUCUCUUUCAUCUGUGUCCACUGUUUAGCUGUACGUAAUUUUCCUGCUCGUAGGUUACAGGCAACACGGUCUACAAUAUGUUGGAAAUGGAGAGUAUGGAAGUUGAUCAAAAUGAUUUUCCUGUUUACCCGCCCAAAAUAUAUAAAACUGAGGUACUGUAACUUCAUUCUUCAACUUACCGCGUGCCUGUUUAUAUGAGCCCAGCUUACAGGAAAACUCGCCUGACUGCAGUUACAAGAAUGUUUUCAUUAUAUCGGGAAAACAUUAGCACGUACCUGAAAUCCUGAAUUUCCUCUUCUACAGUAGUUGGACGUUUAUUAACGUGACCAAUUUACUUUUCUAUAGGUUUUGUCUAAUCCGUUCGAAGACAUUGUUCCUCGGGAGAAGGAGAAGCCUGUUGAUAAAGAAAGUUUAAAUAAGAAAGAAAAAAAGAGCAAAGGAACAAAGUAUAUGUCAUAUUCUCACAUUCAAGUAUACAUACAUACAUUAUAUGCGCCUCUCAUUAAAAUGACGCGCAGGGUUAUGAACACUAGAGUGGGAUGCAUUGGGAAAUUGACUUACUCGAUCCACACUCUUUGUUGGAAUCGAUGUCCCUGGUUUGUCCAUUGUUAUGCUGUGUGCUUUGUGUACUUCUCCAGUUAUUCUCAUGUAAGUGAUUUUAAGUCCAUUCUGACGUUUUCCCCAGUCUACUGAGGUUUGAAAUUAGUACCAGGUUAUACUGUGGGCUAACUGAAAGUCCCAUCCAAAGAAUCCGUUUACUCUCAUCCAAAUAUAACUUUACAGAAAGCAGAUAUAAGGUUACAACAGCCUGGUAUAUUUUAUGCAGUAUUUACUGAUACAUCGACGGAGCAAAACUAAUCCCCUUUUUCGAUUUUUUAGAAAUUUUAGUUUGUUGUCAUUUGGUGAAGAAGCUGAGGAUGACGAGGAAGAAGUUCAAACCUUGAGCAAGGUGAAUGAACUCGGGUAGUUGGGUAAAUUAUAUGAUAUCGUGGCACAUUAGUGGUCAGAUCAUAAUAUAUACUGAUAAUGAAGAAUCUAGACUGAGUUCCUAAAGGUAAUGUGGAGCAUUGGUCCACAGAAUAGAUACUAGACCAGAAGGGACACUCAGAAGAUAUUUCGUCCGAAAUUUUACGAGUGCUGACGUGAAAAUACGCCAUCAUUUGACGCCAUCCUUGAUUGCACACGGAAGUUUUUCAUAGGUAAAACAUAGGUACAAAGUGCCGUGUGCACUGCAGGAUGGCGUCAUAGCACGUAAAAAAUUUCGGACGUUUUUCCCAAGCCAAAACACAUAGGAGUGUCCCUUCUGGUCUAGUAUCUAUUCUGUGAUUGGACUAGCAAACAGAAGCUCGCUGGUUCGAUUUUUCAUGGGUGUAGCGUCAUGUAAUAUAAUUUACCCGAGUUCUAUUCCCACAAUAAUCAGACAUAAGAUCAUAAAAUAUAUUAUCAAACGAACUACAACAGACUGAGUUCCAUAAGGCGAUGUGGAGCCACUCAGAGAAGCGUGAUCAAAUAUAACCCUGUACUGCAGUUAGUUGUCAAGAACGUGCAAUAAGCGUUUUUUUCUAUGUUGGUUAAUUGUGGUAUAUUUUCCCACAUUAUUCUUCAUUCAUGGUAUUGCAUUUUAGGAUAUGAAAAUCAAGAGCAGUCAUGAUGCAUUGGACGAUCCAAAGCUUAGUUCUGUAUCUGCUUUAGAAACAAGACCAACCGAAGAUGUAAGCCAUUUCAAAUGUUUCAUUUUGUGUCCAUCAUAUGAGGGGAGUAUGUUUGUGUUUCUCAAACUUGGUUAUCACUUGCCACGUGAGCAUAGGUUUAUAAAACUAAGGAGAGAAACAAACAACGAAUUGCCGUGAGGAUGCGGAAGAUUUUCGUAAUAAGUACAAAGAUCUAUUAAGUAAAAACGGGAUCGAACAAACGAAAAUUUGUUGUGGUUUAUCUGAAAGCCUCAAACGGCAUAUUUAGUAACCUGUCUGCCUCGUACCUAGGCCUUUUGGGAUCGAAUCACUUACUGAAAGGAUUAUUUCGGAAAAUCACAACUGGGAAUCGGCGCUCGAUUGAGAGCCUUGGAUAUACCAUAAGUAAGCACUCAACGCAGGAUAUCAAAUCCACAUACACGAUAAUACAUUCUUAUUCCUAGCAUAUCAGCAUGUGGAUUGGAUAUCCUAUGUUGAUAUUUCUGCAUGUUCCAAUACCUCAGUGGUGAAGCUAAUACGUUGAACCAUGGAUAAUAAAAUAAAUGGAUAGGAAACUAGCUGACGUGACGGCAGACCUAAUGUUUUCAAUGGGAUGAUGGCGUGGUUGGAUGUUGAAACCUAGUUGCAAACCAAAUUCUCAAAAACGGCAUGUUUAGCAAUAAUACAGCUAAACAUUUUAGUCAAAGAGCAAAUAAAUAUAACUACGCCAUUCUACGAUGAAAUCUCUAAGUAUUUCCAGUCAAUUUUAGCAAAUAUUUCAAGCACUAAACAGUGCAAAAUGCAUCGCAAAUUUCGUUAAAAUUGGUGACGCCAAUUUCGUAGCUACAAAUGUAAAAAAAAAUACAAAACAAAGACGAAAAACAUUUACCUUGAAUACUUUGUCGUGGCUUAGGCAUGUUUUUAAAACAAUUAGACCAGUUUAUGCUUCAAUAUUACUAUUUUAAAGCGGAGGUAUAGCGAAACAACAAAAAUGCCGAGAACUUUGGCAAUACGCGUGACGUCACAGAUUGCAACCAGGUUGUUUUUGCUUACGUCAGCUAGUGUCCUAUCCAUUUAUUUUACAAUCCAUGGUUAAACCAGGCGACCCGGGGUUCGAUUCCUAGUUGGGAAGUUCGGAAAUUAUUUUUCAGUCACUCUUCCUGUUACUAUUCCUACACAGGUAUCGUUUGUUUUCUCGCAUAUGCUGGCGUGGCUACCGAAGUAAUUUAGUGAAAGAGCUACAUGUACUUGGUACUAACACAAUUCUUUCUCUUAAGAAUGAGAGAAUAGUGGAUGAGGAGGUGGCAGACAAUGUACGAAACAAGUUGAAAAAGUCGAGAGUUGAAGAAAAGAAUGAUGAUCAUGACGAGGAAGAUGACGACAAAGAUGAGAGGUCGGAGAGAAGGUACGUCAUGAUCAGAAUUGCUAUAGUAACAGUGUAGACAAGUACACCCGAAAUGUUUAUGGGAUAUACAAGCAUUGUACCUGUAGUCUGUUGGUCAGGUGUGGGCGCACAGGUGAUGACAGUAUGGUUGAAGUAGAAAAAGUAAAAUUAACUUUCCCAAAACCCCUUCCGUAUGUCCAUCAAAUUAUUCUAUCAAUAAUCAAACUAUAAUAUCGGUCAUGUCUGGCUACUCUGGUUUUUCGUGAAAGUAUAAUUUACUCAAGGAUUUCAUUUCACUUACUGGAAAGACUAUGAACAAACCAGGCAAAUGAAGAAAUUUCAUGAAACGUUUCCAAAUAUUUAGCAAAGAAUUACGCCGAGAAUCGAAACGACUCACACGAGAAUUGCGAGAAAGUAAAAAGAUGAAACGUGAUGAAGAAGUUGAUACUAAAGAUGAAGAAGAUGAGAAAGAAGAUGAGAAAGAAGGUUCGCAUUUAUAGUCCUUAGCUAUCAGCACACAAAAACUAUGUAUUCUUUAUUGUUGAUUAUAUCAAUUGGCUAUUGUUAAACAAGCCAACAAAUAGAAAUCAACUUAAGCACUUCACUGGAACGGCUAAAGUGAACUCAAGAAAUGAAUUAACCAAAAUUGUACCCAAUAAGACGUAGUGACGUAAUGUACAAACGAGUAAUCCCUAUACUAGAAACUACUGUGGUGGCCGGGCAUUUUGCCGAAAGACAUUUUGCCGAAAGACAUUUUGCCGAACGGACAUUUUGCCGACGGACGUUUUGCCGAACGGACGUUUCGCCGAACGGACAUUUUGCCGAACGGACAGUUUGUCGAACGGACAACUCUUCUGAACUUUAAAGAUAUCUUCUGAACUUUAAAGGUUCGCUUACACGGUCAAAGUUUCUGUGAUUAUUUAGUCAUAUUGUCGAUUUUGAUGACAGAAACUUUGAUAGUGAAGUAUAGUUUCGUUUUAUAUUCUUUCAAGUUUUUGACAAGUUUACCGAAAUUUCGCGAUAUAUAAAAGAAUAACAUCAUUCAACAUCAUUCAUGAAUGCGAUUUCCCCGAGAACUGUGAAUGUAUUCCAUGAUUCGUUGUCUUUUUAUACGCUUGUUUGUUUACGACCUGACGUCGAAACACGUUCCUAACAAAUGAGUCAUCCGCUGCACAAACAAGCUACCAAUAGUCAAUAUGGUUAUGCACUAUUAACGACCAUUAUGUAUAGGUUAAUGACCCAUUACAUGUAUGCACUGCUAAUGACCAUAUAAUGGUUAUUUUACACAAUGGUUGAGAAUUACACAGUUGAGAAAUGAGUCACAGUUCCAAACAUUUUGACGAAAUAACAUCUCUAUUUUCGGCAAGUUGUCCUUUCGGCAAACUGUCCGUUCGGCAAAAUAUAGGUUCGGCAAAAUGUCCGUUCGGCAAAACGUCGGUUGGGCAAAACGUCGUCGGCAAAACGUCCGUUCGGCAAAACGUCCGUUCGGCAAAACGUCCGUCGGCAAAAUGUCCGUUCGGCAAAACGUCCGUCGGCAAAACGUCCGUUCGGCAAAACGUCCGUCGGCAAAAUGUCCGUUCGGCAAAACCUCUUUCGGCGAAAUGUCUUUCGGCAAAGUGUCUUUCGGCAAAAUGUCCGGGUACCGCUACUGUAGUCCGUGUUUCAACUACAUGAAAAUUAUUAAAACACUUCAACAAUUUGUGUGUGAAGGCCCUUUGUCAGGAAGUUAUUUAAGAUUAACGAUGCAAGGUUGCUUAGAUUAUGGAAACGUUUUCAAGAAACCUUGCUACACUGAGCUUCCUGUCCCCUCCCCCCCCCCCCCCCCCCCCCCGCCCUUACUACACUGAGCCUACAUACUGAAUAAUACCUUCGUCUGUUCACAUUCCAGACGAAGUCGGGGCAUUGAAAGAGUUCCGCCAAGAGAGAAACGAAUAUUUACAUAAAAAGAAUGAAACGAUUAAGAAAAAGGGAUCUGGACGAGAACAACAGGUGACUGAAUUUCUGGAAUCUGUGUGUUUCAUACAAUAGAUAAAAGGGUUGUAAAGUCGUUCCACAAAAGUCACUUUUUUAAAAAUUUCUGCCCUCAGGAUAUAUGCAAAACAAAACACUUCAUACUUUUGAGAGAGUUCAAACGAUGUCAGCCAUGUUUCUUACAUAGAAUAAUUUUCAUCAACGUUGUUGUUAUUCUUUGCAGACAUUACAGCUGUUGUCAAGUUUCCAGUCUAAAUUGGAAGAACCCGGGGAAGCGACUUCACUCAAUUUAUUGAAUUAUGAUAGUGAGGGGGAAGAGGAAGGCGAUGAUAAUGAUAGUAGCUCAUGGUAAGUUUGACUUCACUUGGCUUGGCUUGGUGAAUGACAGUGAAGUCCAUAUAGUAGCUCAUGGUCAAACCAUGUGGCUGAGUGAUGUUCAGGGCCGCCGAGAGGCGGGGAUUGCCCCGGUUGAAAUUUUCUGUUGGGCCCCAGUUAUUUUUUUGGGUGAAAUAUUUCCGCGCAAAGGGCAAGAUGUUUGGUUUUUUUUGGGCAAAGUACCGAAAUUGGGUAUGAAAAAUUGAGUUAAAGUCACUGGAAAGCAAUUACAACGUACUCGUCCGGAAACGUUUUUUCCCUAAAAACUUGUCGACGGGGGAGGGGGGGAGGGGAGUCGAAAACAUUUUUUUCAGGUAAAAAAUUGAAAUACGGGCCCCUAAAAAAAAUUUGCCCCGGGCCCCCGCCAAGCACUCGGCGGCCCUGGUGAUGUUAGUGGAGGGCAGACUUCAUUUGACCUGGUUAGUAGUUCAUGAUAUUAGUUCAUGAUGGUAGUUCAUGAUGGUCGUUCAUGUAGUAUCGUGAUAAUAGUUCAGGAUAAUAGUUCAUGGUAAGUUGAAGGAGGAGGACACACCAUGUCACUCCGGUGUUUUGAGAGGACUUCAUUCAAUUUGCUGAGUGAUACCAGGGCGUUUAUAAGAUAUCUUAUAAACGCCCUGGUGAUAUGGGGGAAUGAGGAUGAAGGUGAAGGGGACAUGAUGGGAGAAGGUCAGGUGGAGUAAGGAAAGAUUACUUUAUAAUAUAGUGUUGGAUGACAUAGAUCACUGAAUAAUAUACCAUGCAACUGAGCAAUGUGGGUGGGGUUGCGCUGCAUGAGAAUGUAACACCAUGCCUAUGUGCAAUGGGGUGGGAAUGUGCACUGCGUGAUGUAGGAUGGGGAAGGAUACCUUAGUCAGCCUAUCUAACGAAUGAGAAUGAUGGUUGUCGAUGAUCGAUCGCGUAUGCUGUUGACGUUUGACCUCGGUUUUGGUUCUGGUAUUUCAUGGUGAGUUUGGAGGGGGUGGUAAUACCAUGUGACUGAGUGAUAUGGAGGUUGCACAGCAUGAGGAACUGGGCGAUAGUAGUUCAUAGUGAGUUGAGACUGUGAAGUGCGGGGAUGGUGUAAAGUGAUGUGGACGAAGGCUGCUUGAAGAUGAGGUGGGUGGUGGUAACUCGUGGUGAGUGGGAGAUGAAUGGGAGAUAGGUAAAGAUAGAUCGCGUUGUUGGGUCAACCACGAUACGACUUUAAUAAGAAUAAGAAAGUGUUUUUUGCUUUUCUCUUUGAUCUACAAAUAAUUCAACAUUAUGUUGCAACUACAAACAUGGUAUUAUCGUAUGUCACAGGUUACAUCAUAAACUGGUGUUUGAAGAGCAUGAUCGUAAAGUAAAAGAUGCCAAUAUUCCUGAUGAAGAUACGUAUGAAAUAUUUGAUCCUCGAAAUCCCAUCAAUAAAAGACGACGGGAGGAAAGUAAGAGAACACAGAAGGAAAAGAAAAAAAAGUGAUGCAAGAAAAGAUCAGCUCGUAGGAAAUGUCAUAUAACAUCUUGGUACAUAACGUCGCAUUAUUAUGGAAAACUGUGCAUGUGUUUGCUUGCUCAAAUUUUCCCUGGCAAACUCACGAGAUAAGAUUUAGACAACAGACGUUUGGACAUCUCACAGUUUGAGGCAAACUGGGAAAAUAUGUCAUCCUUGCAUGCAUCUAUGACUAUGUGGUGGCCGUCACUCGACCGAGCAUGACCCUCUUGUAGAAGUUUUAAUUAUCAAUAUAUCAAGACGUUUCCAUCAUUAAAUCGAAAGUUGACUUUCAGACCGAAUUUCAGACCUCAGUCUCAGAGAGGGCGGCGGAUCUCCGUUGUAGAUCAUGGACGUCGAGAAAUUCGUUUCAUUGUUUUUACCUUAAGAAAUAUAUUCUGUAUCAAGAACUCCGUCAUGUUGGUAUCUGCAUGCUUAUGACCUAUAAAUGUUCAUAUAUAUGAGAAAUUAAGGCUUUUUCGGCCAACAUGUAUUGCUUUUCACUCUUUUUUAAUUAUAAAGCCGCCGAAAUUGGGCAUCUGGAAUGAGAUUCUUAAUUUCCUGUAAUAUAAUGUUUAUCCGUAUGUCAUCAAAUUAAAAUUAAUAAGCUUUUAGAGCUUUUAAAUAGUGUCGCUCCUGAGUUAGCUAGCUAAUAGCUUGCUUCAAAAUGUUAGCAAAAUAAUGAUAAACUAAGUAUACUGCUAUUCUAGAAACACUCCAUUUGGUAUUGGUUUGUUGUCUACGCAUUAAACGCGUCUAAAAAACGCGAACUGAGAAGGCCGACCAUUAUAAAAGUGAUGGGGGGAGAGGGUGUAAUUUUCAACUUGCGUGAGUUUUUUGUCCCCUUCCUCUCCCCUCCCCUCGCCAUCACUUUUCUAUUGGGCCUUCCCUUAUCUGUAUGAAAUAGCACAGAUGUUAAACAGAUUGAGUUUUAAGUU